AUGGAGUCUUAUUUCCAGUAUAAGCGUAUUCAAUGCGCUGUUAGAAAGCGGUUGGACUCCAAAGUGCAUGUUGACGAGGACGGUGUGCACGGGAAUGCAAACUCUGGGUCGAACACUUCUCAGCUCGAUGAGAAUGAAUCUUCAUCUACUCGCGAGGGAGCUGGUAAUGCCGAAGAUUCCAUCAUCCUUGUGGGCUGGGAUGGCAAAGAUGAUCCUCUGGAUCCCACAAACUAUAGCGUUGGGCGCAAACUAUUCAUGACGGUAUUGGUAUCUCUGAUUGCGCUUGCUGUCACGGCAGCAUCAGCCAUCGAUGCCUGCGGUGUUCAACAAUAUAGCGAAUAUUACCAUGUCUCAGAGGUUGUUGGGUCUCUUGCUACCGGCAUGUUCUUAGUCGGGUUCGGGGUCGGCUCUCUCCUAUCAGGACCGUUCUCCGAGACAUUUGGACGCAAUGCAGUUUACCUCAUUACAAUGCUUGUCUUCCUGAUCUUCAUCAUGGCCGCUGGUCUCGCUCCAAAUCUCCACAGUCAUCUCAUCUUCCGAUUCUUCGCCGGUUUCUUUGGUUCUACUCCGCUCAGCUGUGCUGGCGGAACAGUCGCGGACUUGUGGAAUCCAGUGCAAAAGGCUUAUGCCUUCCCUGUGUAUGCAAUUCCGGCUUUCUGUGGCCCGAUGAUUGGUCAGAUUAUUGGCAGCUAUGUUCCAACUACACUGGGAUGGCGCUGGUUGGAAUGGCUUAUGCUCAUUAUGGGCGGUGCCAUUCUUAUCCUUGUUGUUUUGAUGCAACCUGAGACAUAUGGGAAUCUUUUGUUGCAUUGGAAGGCAUCAAUUCUUCGCCAGGAAACCGGAGACAAGAGGUACCGGGCGCCGAUGGAGAUGAGGAGAGAGAGUCUGGGGCGUCGCUUGUUGAUCGCUAUCUACAGACCUUUCCUUUGGAGCUACACUGAGCUGAUCAUCAUUCUUAUGUCGGUGUAUCUCACUGUCGUCUAUAUCGUUCUCUUCACUUUUCUGGAGGGAUACACCUACGUCUUCGGUGAGCCUUACGGGCUUUCGCUGGGGUUGACGAACGUUUCAUGGGCUGGAAUGCUUGUUGGCAUUGCCCUCACUGGCUGUAUUGUCCCGGUUAUUUACUCUUGGACAGCGAAGGAGUACAAACAGACUGGUCGCAUUCUUCCAGAGACACGUCUGUGGUAUGCAAUGCUAGGCGGUGCACCAGCAGUGCCUGUGAGCCUAUUCUGGAUGGGCUGGACCUGCUACCCAUCUGUCUCGAUCUGGUCCCCACUCAUCGCAUCGGUCGUCUUCGGCUAUGGCAUCAUGACCAUUUUCAUCGUCGCAUAUAUGUACAUCAUCGAUGCGUAUGAUGUAUACUCCGCUUCUGCGCUGGGCUUCCUCGUUUUCACAAGAUAUGUUGUGGCCGGUGGUGUCACGGUUGCUGGUGGUCCAAUCUACGAGGCGAUCGGUGCUCACUACACUCUCACUAUUCUAGGUGCUAUCAGCGCAGUCAUGGCUGUGAUUCCAUACUUGCUGUACAUCUACGGACCUCGGAUUCGGAAGUUCAGUAAACAUGCUGUCAAUUUGAAUUGA